GCUGCCAUGGCGACGGCCUGACAGCUGUGACCGGAAGUGAUUGGGGGUCAGAGGUCGGCGGUGGCAGCGGGAUCAUGGCGGCGGCCCUGGAGACGCUGGGCGCCGGUGCAGCCGCGCUCCCCGGGACGGCGGCUCCUUGAGGGGGCGCGGAGCGGAGCCUCCUCCCGCCGUGGCGCCUCCUCCCGCCGCGGCGCUGCCCCGUCUCAGGCAUGGUCGCCGCGCUGUAGGAGGACGGGGAGCCGCGGAGAUGGAGGAGAGUGCCUGAGCCAGCCCGGGACACGCUCGGUGUGAGCGGAGCGCGUACGUUACCCAAACCCCGUGCCGAGAGAAUAACCGGAGGCGUGCUGCUAUAAUCUCACCCCUCUAGGAAGAGCAGGGUCUCGUGUGAUGACUUGUGCAUACGCAGAAGCUGAUCAGUUUUUGCCAACGAGCCAUGGUGUCAUGGAAAGGGAUAUACUUUGUACUUGCACUGUUCUUGGGAAGUUUUUUUGGAAGCAUAUUCAUGCUUGGUCCUCUUCUACCUUUGAUGUUUGUCUCACCGGCCUGGUAUCGCUGGAUCACCGAUCGCGUUGUGGCCACUUGGCUCACACUCCCAGUGGCCUUGCUGGAGAUGGUGUUUGGUGCCAAGGUGGUUGUCACCGGUGAUGGAUUUGUUCCUGGAGAAAGAAGUGUCAUUAUCAUGAACCACCGCACACGAAUGGACUGGAUGUUCCUGUGGAACUGCCUGCUGCGAUACAGCUACCUCAGACUUGAAAAAAUCUGUCUCAAAUCCAGUCUCAAAAGCAUUCCGGGAUUUGGCUGGGCGAUGCAGGUUGCUGCCUUUGUUUUCAUUCAGAGAAAGUGGGAAGAUGACAAGAGUCACUUUGAAAAAAUGCUGGAUUAUUUCUGUGACAUUCACGAACCACUACAACUCCUCAUCUUUCCGGAAGGAACUGAUCUCACAGCCAAUACCAAAGCCCGCAGUAAUGAAUUUGCUGAAAAGAACGGACUUAAAAAAUACGAGUACGUCUUACAUCCGCGAACUACUGGAUUCACUUUUGUGGUUGAGCGUCUAAGGGAAGGUGACAAUCUCAAUGCUAUUCAUGACAUAACGGUGGCAUACCCCCAAAACAUUCCUCAGACGGAGAAGCACCUUUUGAACGGAAACUUCCCGAAGGAGAUUCACUUCCACGUCCAGAGAUAUCCCAUAGAGGCUGUGCCCACGUCCAAGGAGGAGCUGCAGCUCUGGUGCCGGCAGCGCUGGGAGGAGAAAGAGGAGAGACUCCGACACUUCUAUGGAGGUGCAAAGUGCUUCAGUGCGACAGGGCGAAGCAUCGUUCCGCCGUGUAAAUCUGAGCUCAGGGUCUUCGUGGUUAAGUGCAUCUCGCUCUUGUAUUGGACGCUGUUCCCGCUGGGUAUGCUCGCUCUGCUGUACCUCUACAGCUUUGCACGGUGGUAUUUUGCAGCCAUGAUCAUCUUUUUUGUGGUGCAGCAAAAGGUAUUUGGUGGGCUGGAACUAAUUGAACUUGCUUGUCAUCGAUAUUUUAAAAAGCAACAGAAGUUUUGCGACACAAAAAUGAAAACUAGUUAGUUCUGGGGCAGAGAAAAAUGAUUGGUUUUGAGAUGUUCUGUGAGUUUUAUGCACAGGGAAGAAUUAUUGCAUGAGAAUUGUCUUUUACUGUUGCCAUUGUUAGACAUUUGCACUUGAUUCCAUGAAAAGAAAGAAAAAUGUUAGUUAUUGCUACAUGUGAAAAUGGUAGUUUUUAUCUCUGAAUGUAAUUUCAACAUUGCUCUUGCAAGCAGCUAGCAACUGCAUUCUGCUGUAAUUAAGAAACAAAUUGCUGGAUUAUUGAACAAUCGUAAGGACAUUAAUAAAUGUGACAUGCACUGAACUUUCAUGUAGAAGCCCAAACUGUCCAGCUAAGAGACACAUGUAUGAUUUCUGUAUAAUCACAUUGUCAGAAAGUGAGCACCGGACUUGGAAAACUGUUAAGUUUAACGCUGUUUUGAUGGUAGGUAGAAGUUGGAGAAGAAGUUGUUCUGUUUCUUUUUUCUGUUUCAAUAUUCAAACUUAUGUUAAAAUAAUAUUUUCACAUAAGCUUUACCAAGCACUGCUGGACCAACCACUAUUCAGACAGUCUGGCUUGGUCACUCAGAAGGGUUUUUAAGCCUUGCAGACUUGUGUUGUAGUAUAUAAAACAGUGCUGGCUCUUUCUUUAUUUACAUCUUAACUGAGUAUUUAAUAGGCCUAUGCAGCUUAGUUUUGAUUUAUCACCGUUUCAUUUUGUUUCAGUCUCCCUGCUGUGGGAGGCUUGUACCUACUGUAGUACACAGAGUUACAGGAUGGAGGAGCUGGUUUUCUGUUGGUUUAUUGGUGUUUUUUUCUGGUAGAAGCAAAAGUAAGUGUCUGUAGCUGAGUAGCUGGCAAAUGUUUUUCGAAAAGUUCUCCUUGUAGACAUUAUUUGAUUGAAAACAUUUUAUUUCUUUUUCAGAAUAGUCAAGAUAUCCUUUUUUUGAAGCAUUUACUUCGGUUUUCACAUUGCUUCCUUUGACACAUAGUGUGAAUUUUGGGGUUGUCCUGUGCAGGGACGGGAGUUGUGCGUCCAUUCCAACUCAGAACAUUCUGUGUUUCUAUGAUAUUUCAAGUGUCUGUAUAGAUAAGCAGGAAGGCUGCCUGUUCCUUGCAUGUCAGCCAGACCUGUUGGAAUGCAUCUAAUGCAACGAUUGUCUCUUUGGUACAAUGGUUGCCUCCUUACAGACACAAGAGCUGAGUUUCAGAUUGUCACAGCACAAGAAAAUUGAGCUGCAUCUUUUUUUUUUGCAGUAUUUUCUUUGAUUCCCUGAUGACAUCACUGCUUUUCCAACCUCCUUUGCAAUUAUUUGGGAAUUCUUUUGGGGCUCCCACUGUAACACUUCCCCUUAUUUUCAUGACAUUCAGAAAAUCUGAAAGCUUCAACUCUGAUAAAGCACUUUCAAGUGUAUUCCUUGUCAUAUAUAUAUAUAAUACAAGUAAUGUUCAUACUCACGUAGUAAAAGACAAACAUUGCCAGCACUUAUGAGACACUUCAAGUUAAAUUUGUUUUUCAACCUCAAAAAUGUUAGACCACUUGAUCAACUGGAUUGCUGCAAAACCUUCCUGACUUACUGAGUAUUUGUUGUUUAUUGCAUGAAGGCUUGUUUGAGCUCAACCAAUAUGGCCUAGCUCCACAUGUUGAGUGGCAUGGCCAUGAAAUGUAAAAGCACAGAGUGCAAAAUGUGUCUUGUAUUGUGCUGAAUAUCUCAAGCAUCGGAUUAGCAUGGUGGACAUGUCUGUUUUCUUUUAAAUUGCAACACUGAACGUGUUGUCUAAUGUGUUUGUAUCAAAGGCCAUUUUUUGAAUGAAUCACCAGCCUCUAUUCAACUGUCCCUUGCAAGGUGACAAGUAUUUUUUAAUCUGUGCGUACAAUAACUAAUUGUUUAUUACGUGAAAAGUACUUGAAGCCAUCUGUUUUACUCUAAUUUUUUAAAUCCCUUUUUUCUUAAAAAUGAACAAAAGUAGGUUUAUAUUCAGAGUUAUGUUUCUUAAUGAUUUUCUCAUAUUUAUAUUUGAGUAACUGAAGACUGACAACUGGUGUUUCAUUGUCACGAGUGGAAGGAGGUUCUUUCUGCGCUAUAAGGACUAUUUCUGACAUAAUUCUGUGAUAUCAAAGGCAUGGUUGCAUCUUAAAUCUACAUAGCCUGGUUUUUCUUUGCCUAAUACUCUGUUUUCAUGCAGUUCCCGGCACAUCCAGGUAGCUCACCACCAGGGAAAACCUAAAAACCUCAUUUAUGGUUAAUGCAGAGGAGCCCUAAAAGUCGUCUUCUGGUCUGUCCUAAGCCAUGGCUGUGCUUUCACACCAGGAGCAACCACGGCCAGCCUACUCCAACAGCCUUAACAUGGUCUUCAGGAAUGACUUCGGAGGACAGGUUAUGUUUGUUGGUGACAUGAAUACCAGCUAUGUUAUUCUCAGUCAUUCAGAGAACUUUGUGGUGUCAUCAAAUGUAUGAGAAACGUCAGUGUCAGUGUUGGUCAUGGAGCAGUGAAAGGUUUAUGUCUGAGUGUGAUUAGAGUUGGGCUCUGAGAACGAAAUCAAAUGCAGUCCAUUGCUGACCCUUACAAGGGUUUUUCUCCCAGCUGGAGCCAAACAAGUAACCCACUGUAACGUGGUAAACAUCCUGCAAGUCUGUAAUUCAUCCUUCUUGCUCAUGUAUUCCAAUCGAAGACAAAGAAAAAUCUUCUGGUCAGCAGCAAAUGUUACAUUUGCGGUGCCUGACUCCUUCAUGUGGGGCAGCACAUGGUAACUGAAGAAUCCUUCUCUAGCAAGGGAUGGUAUUGGCUGUGUGACUGAUAUAAAUUUUCAGGUUAUGAGCAUCAUUUUGCAGCUCAAUUAGAAAAGCAGGACAGGGGAAAAAAUGAAUAAAAAGCUUUAUGGGUAUGGAAGCUUCUUUGUUUAAAAAGUGGUAAAGGAAGCGGGGAAAUAUCUCUCUGUGAAUGCUUUUUUCUCUUUGGUCAAAAUGUAGCUUUUUACUCGAAAGGUUCUAACAUACAGAUUUUUUGGAGACAAUUUUGCUGUUUUGCUAUUCAAAGAACACUUAGACAUGCUGGGUAAAUCACUUAGAAAUGUUUUCAAUGCUGUUAGGUUAAAGGUGCUAGUACUCCAGGAAUCACACACCCCCCUCUUUUGUGGGAUGCAUAUUGACAUCAAGACCCAUCUCACUCAUUAGCACAUAUGUCAUGCCUCAUCUCUCGUUGUCCCAGCAGCUGCACUCGCUGCUCAGCAGCGACUGCUCUAUCUGACAGGUAUUGCUCACAUUAUUUGAGAUCAAUGAUGUGCUGUAAGGAUACCGCUCUCAUUUGCUCAGUCAGAUGUUCCCUCAUUAGCAUCAGGGGUUUCCUUCUCUUUGCUCAGAACAGAAGGUUGAAAUCCUGCCAUCUGUGUUUGUCAUCAAGAUCACUGGGGUAGCAGGGCGACACACUGAGACAUUUCUCUCUUGGGUUCAAAGCUGCAAGGCCCAAAGCUGGUCUGUAAGGUGAUGUCUUGAUCAUACAAAAUGUAGUUCCUAGUUUUGUGCAUUGCAUCAAUCUCUGUUGUUUAAAAAAUAUCCAUGUUUUUAUAACUUGGUUUUAUAUGUACACUGUGUGAAAGGAAAUACCAGGAUACUACAAACCUACAGAAAGCCUUAGUUUUCAGAGUUCACUGAUUAUAUUAGAAUGUUUUAAACAUGUACCAGUUACUAUACAGCAACAAUAAAGACCUGAAGCAUUGCA